CCUUUUUGCGUUUUUUGACUGCCCGCUAGUCUGCACCUGCGGGAAAAUCUAAUUAACACCAAGUCAAACAAUCUCGCACGGCUCUCGUCAAUCUCGCGUCAAGGCUGGGCUUCGAUUGUGGCUGGCGAUCCUCACCGUUCUUUGACCUUAUCAUGGGGUCAAGGAAAGAUGCAACCCGGGGUUGCGGCAAGUUCCAGCGCCGGCUUCGCCGCCCAGUUCAGAGCUGUGGCUGUCCCGUCCCGUUCCCCUGAGAUUAGGCGGCCACGGGAUAGGCCCACCGCCAAACCCGCGUGGGGAAAACCCCGAUCCUCAUCCCAGAUUCCCAGCCGAGCACCGUUGGGGACCCGGGGAACGCGUGAGAAGUUGAAGAACAACACUGAGUGCCGAGGGAAACAAUCUACGCGCUCCACCGCCUUGGGACGGCCCUUUUACCCACGACUGGCGCACACCUCAGCCACAAGCUUCCUUCCUCAUCGGGUUGCACGCUUUGAGCUGAAAAGAGCGGUCGCGCGGAUCAAAGCCAAUCAGGGUCGACUCGGAAAGGGUGCGGGUCCGACUCCGCCGCUGCGGGAUGCAGGCAUGAUGCUUAGACGAAGCGAAAGCCAAUCGCCACUGUCAAUCCGUUACUAACCCUACCGGCCGCUCCAGAACCUUGGGUGGGGACUGAAGCCACACAUUGCAUGCAUGCAGAUCGAGCACAACUGGCACGUUACUUUCUGACAUAACGCCGCCUGGUGGCCGAUAUGCAUGAGCCGUAGGGCUGAAGGCGUGGAGCAAUCGGCGAAGGGAUGCG